UGGUCUUUGGGCUGGAAGUAGGAGGAGCUGUUUCUCCAGCAGUGGGGGGGAGAGAUCACCACGUCACCCCGCUAAACUCUGGUUGUGAGAGAGGAUCAGUCUGGGGGUUUGAGGGAGAUCUGGAGAGAGCAGAGCCGCGGAGGAGAAGAUGCAGACCGGAUUCCGCUUCAACUGGAGCCCCGUGAAGGAGCCGCUGGGCUUCGUGAAGGUGGUGGAGUGGCUCACCGCCGUGUUCUCCUUCGCGAGCUGCAGCGGAUUCUCCGGCAGAAACUUUGUUUCUCUGUUCUGUGCUGCCGGAAACAACGAGACUCUGGAUGCUUCAUUCUCUUAUCCAUUCAGGUUAAAUCAGGUGCGCCUGGUGGAAGGGAACGUCUCUCUCUGUAACCACACCUCCACUGAGACUCACCUGGUGGGAGACUCCUCCUCCUCGGCGGAGUUCUUCGUGGCGGUGGCGGUGCUGGCGUUUCUCUACAGCAUGGCGGCUCUGCUGGUUUACGUCGGCUACAUGCAUGUUUACCGGGACUCCGAUUUCGGCCCAAUGUUUGAUUUCGUGGUGACGGCUGCGUUUGCGUUCCUGUGGUUGGUGAGUUCGUCGGCGUGGGCGCGGGGGCUGCAGGUGGUGAAAUAUGCGACGGGCACAGAGGGCAUCGCCUCCACCCUGCUGCCCUGCAGAGACGCCGGGGUCACCUGUGAGGUCACCGAAUUCACCAGCAUGCGCACACUUAAUAUAUCAGUGGUCUUCGGCUUCUUGAAUCUGAUAGUUUGGGCGGGAAACGCCUGGUUCGUUUAUAAAGAGACUCGCUGGCACUCGCAGAAGGUCAACUCUCAACCAGCAGCAGGACGUGGUCCCGGUCCUGCUCCCAUCUAAACCUGCGUCCUGAUAUACACGAGUACACGUCCUCAGCUUCCAAUCCACGCCUGCAGGUGAAGAAGAGUCAUUUCUGAAGCCAUAUUCACUUUCUCCUCUAUUAACUUCCAGUUAUAAUAGAGUGCAGCAGUGUUUUAUAUUUUUAUGACCAAAAUCCAGUCUCUGAUUUUAUUAUUUUAUUUCCCAGUUAUUAUUACUACACUUUUUAUAAAACAGCAAUAAAAGCAGUACUAUUUUUCUUCAGUCUUUACUUAAAGCUUAAAGCUGUUUUUCCAAUAUUUUUAUUUUUCAUGUAUUUUCAUUUUUCCCUGUAUUCCCUAUUUCAGUAUAUUUUUGUAGUCCAAUAUAAUGAGUGUAUAUAAAGUAUUUGAUAUACUGUAUAAUGAAGUAUUGCUGAAUUUAAAGAGUGAUUUGAAUCGGAAUCUUGUGCCCUUUAAACCCUUACUUUCACAAAAAAAUAUUUUACUAAUAGUAAACUAGAAAAUUUGAUUUUAAAGUAAUUAUUUGGGAAAAUUAAGCAUUAUUUACAAUUUAAAUCAAUCAGUCAAUUAUAGUAGAAUAAAGGAAACAUAUUGGCACCUUCCUAUUACUGAUCAUCAUUACACUUUUAAUAUUUUUAAUCAAGAUCAGAGAAAUAAAAAUAUGAUUAAUGCCUUUUUUGCUAUUUUAACUAAUUAAAAAUAGCACAAAUAUGUAGAUUUUAAAAACAUGUUCUCCUUUUUGUUUUUAAAACCAUUUAAUUUACCCCCUAUAAAAUUAAUAAUCAGUUACUGAUUAAGGACAUAUGUCUGUCUGUCUAUCUAUCUAUCUAUCUAUCUAUCUAUCCAUCCAUCCAUCCAUCCAUCUAUCUUCCUUAGACUUCUUUAUAAUGGAAUAUAGAGUUUUGAGGCUUAUAUCCAGAGGUGUGUAGUAAUUAAGUACAAAUACUUUAUUACUUUAUUUCAGUAUAAAUGUAGGUUAUCUAUACCUUAUUAUAGUAAUUAUUUUUGUACAUUUUCACACAAUUAUCUGAACUUUCUUCUCCUUAUAUUUUAAUAAAAAUAUCCUUGUUACUCCUGUUUAAUUUCAGCUAUUUGUUUUUUUUAUUCCGGCUUCUCCUCUUAUUCCGUUACGCCUUUUAUUCCUGAACUGUUCUCUGGAGAAGUUUGUAGUUUUCUAAAUAAUAUUUAGUGUAUUAUUUUUGUUAUAUUUCAUCGUUUAUAGCUGAGUGUGUGUAUGUUCUAUGCUGACCACAUUUUUACAGGAGUGGAUGUUUCUGAUAAUAUUUUUUUUUUAUUCUAAAAAUAUUUACUCUGAUAUUUACCUGCAUCUCUUAUCACGGUUUUAUGUGAAAUAUUACGUCCUUUUUUUGUUUUCUUUUAUAUUGGUUUUAUUGUUUGGUAUUUUUUGUUACAUUGUUUUUAUCUGGUUUGUUUGUAUCUUUUCUGUAUCGAUUUGAUUUGUUUCGUUUGUUUAAUCCAAAGAAUCAGAAGGUACAUCAGCAGUGUUCCUCAGUAUUGAGCAGAUGUUUUGUGUUGUGUGAUUAUUGUGUACAGUAUUCUGAAUAUUGUGUGUAAUAGUGUUAUAUGAGUGAUCUUGGUUGAUUUUAGACAGUUUUUUAUGUUUUUUUAAUGUUUUUUAUGGUUAUAUUGAUUUUUUUAGCCAUUCUAUCAAAUAAUUUCUGUUUUUGCACUAAAUACAUAUUUUUGUUUGCUUUUAAAUAAAGCAGAGAGUGAAGCAGA